CUUGUCACAUAGAUAAAAAAAAAAAAAAAAAACUUAAUUAAGAAAUGAAAACCACACUAUUUGUUGCAGGGUUUAACUCAAGAACUCGCGCGAGAAACCUCGCUUAUGAAUUUGAUAGAUAUGGACGUCUUGUUCGUUGCGAUAUACCCGCGCCUAAAAGCUACUCCUCUAAACCCUACGCAUUUGUUGAAUUCGAAAAUACUCGAGAUGCUGAAGAUGCUUUUAAUGAGAUGCAUGGGAGAACGAUUGAAGGAUAUACUUUGAGCGUUCAAUGGGCAAGAGGAUCAAAUAGCUCGUUUGAUCCUAAUAGGCGAACACACCACCAUCACCAUCAUAAUAACAACUCGAAUAUGAAUAAUGCUCCUCCUCUCAAUCCUAAUAACACAAGUAGAUCUCGGAGUCCAUAUCGUCGCGAGCGUUCCUCUUCACCUCCUCGGGGCAGGUCCCCUCCCCGCUACAAUAACUCUUCGCCAACACGUAACCGAUUACGAUCAAGAUCGCGUUCUCCUCUUGGCUCCAAUAGUUUUCAAAGACGUCGUUCAUUUUCACGUAGUCCAAUUGACAAUUAA